AUGACUACCAUCACCGACGCAAUUCUCAAAGACCAUCAAGAGAUCAGGGAAUACGCUGAUAAGGUCCGUCAAGCUACCGAUGAUGAUACUCGAGGACGCUGGCAAAACCAAUUUACUUGGGAAUUAGCCCGUCAUUCUAUCGGAGAAGAAUUGGUAGUUUAUCCUGCUUUUACAAAGCAUCUUGGUAUGCAAGGCCAAAAGAUGGCCGAUGAAGAUCGUGCCGAGCAUCAAACUGUCAAAGAAGCGCUCUACAAAUUCCAAAAUCUUAAACCCUCUGACGCAGACUUAAUUCCCACACUCGACGCCCUCAUGAAAAAUCUCAAUGAACAUAUCAAAGGCGAAGAAGCCGAUGAUCUUCCCGCCCUCGAGUCGGCUCUUGAAUCUCAUGAAUCUGAAUCUAUGGCUAGGUCAUUUGGUCGCACCAAGGCUUUUGUUCCUAGCCGUAGCCAUCCUAGUGCACCGAGCAAACCACCCUUUGAAACGGUUGUUGGUUUGAUGACGGCUCCGAUUGAUCACUUGGGAGAUAUGUUGAGGAAGUUUCCGGAUAAGACGAUUAGUCCUAAUCCUAGUACAAAGUGA